CACCCACACACACACACACACAGGGAUUUGUGGCUGAAUGUGAGGUCCAGGGAGUGUAAUGACACAUGCAGAGCCGCCCUGCCUCCUACGAAGCGUGUGAUGAAGAGGAUUUGCCUGCCGCUGUAGUUCACUACAGCUCAGCGCUCUGACUUGUACGUUGUCGGAAGAACCCUGGGGCGCCGAGGAGACACACCUGACAGCCUACUUGGCGUGAUGAGCAAGUUCACCUUUCAAAAUAACAAAGUAAUGCAGGACCGCCGGAGCGUCUGUGUUUUCCUCCCAAACGAUGAAACUCUCAAUAUAAUUGUGAACGUUAAAACUUUAUGCCAAGAGUUAUUCAUUCAGGUCUGUGAUCUUGUAAGGCUGAAAGACUGUCAUCUGUUCGGGCUCAGUGUCAUACAAAACAAUGAACAUGUUUAUAUGGAGCCGAUGCAGAAACUCUGCAAGUAUUGUCCGAAGGAAUGGAAGAAGGAAGUAAGCAAAGGCAUUGACCAGUUUGGUCCUCCAAUGAUUGUCCACUUCAGGGUACAAUACUAUGUGGAGAAUGGAAGAUUAAUAGGUGACCGAACAGCAAGAUACUAUUAUUACUGGCAUUUGAGGAAGCAAGUUCUCCAAUCUCAAUGCAUGCUGCAUGAGGAAGCCUACUUUCUACUUGCAGCCUACGCAUUACAAGCGGACCUUGGCAAUUAUAAGAGGCACAAGCAUUUUGGAAAAUAUUUUGAGCCAGAAUCGUACUUUCCACCUUGGGUUAUAACGAAGCGAGGAAAAGAUUAUAUUUUGAAACACAUUCCGAAUAUGCACAAGGACCAGUACGCACUUACAGCUUCAGAAGCACAUCUUAAAUACAUUAAGGAGGCUGUCCAGCUUGAUGAUGUAGCUGUUCAUUAUUACAGGCUGUACAAGGAUAAAAGGGAAAUCGACGCUUCGCUGAUGCUGGGCUUAACUCUUCGUGGCCUUCAGAUAUUUCAGGUUGUGGGCCAAUCUAAACAAUUGCUGUAUGAUUUUCCCUGGACCAAUGUUGGCAAACUCGUGUUUGUGGGGAAGAAGUUUGAGAUUUUGCCAGAUGGUCUACCCUCAGCUCGAAAACUCAUUUACUACACGGGCUGCCCCCUGCGUUCCCGGCACCUGCUUCAACUGCUCAGCAACAGCCAUCGUCUCUACAUGAACCUUCAGCCAGUCCUGCGACAGGUCAGGAGAUUGGAAGAGAAUGAAGAAAAAAAGCAGUACCGGGAAUCCUAUAUCAGUGACACUCUGGAGAUGGACAUUGAGCAGUUAGAAAAGCGUUCGCGGGCUAGCGGGAGCAGUAUGGGCAGCUCAAAGCACAAACGUCUGUCCAGACACUCUACAGCCAGCCACAGCAGCUCCCACACUUCAGGCAUCGAAGCAGACACCAAACACAGGGACCUCGGACCAGAGGACAGCUUUACUGGAAACGCCAUCCAUAGGAAUCUCAAAUCCUGCAACUCAAUGACCAGCCAUGGCAGCUCGCACACCUCGGGCGUAGAGAGUGGUGGGAAAGACAGAAUAGAGGAUGACUCACAGGAUGAUGAAAUAGAAAUGCUGGUUGAUGACCCCAAGGACCUGGAGCGCGUGAAUGAACUGUCCCCAGAGGUUAGCCCAGACAUGUGCAUUCACAUCACUGAGGAGAUGUUAAUGUCGAGGCAAUUUAACGGACACGCUGGUCUGAUUGUGAGGGAGCUGAGCUCGUCUACUUCUAGUUCUUCUGAAACAGUGGUAAAACUUCAUGGCCAAAGUAUAGAUUCUUUACCACAGACCGUGUGCAGAAAACCAAAGACUUCCACAGACCGGCACAGUCAAAGUUUGGAUGACAUUCGUCUUUACCAGAAGGACUUUCUGGAAAUAGCCAACCUGUGCCAAGACACUGCCCAGAGCUACACCUUUGGCUGUACUCAUGACCUGAUCGAGGAAGGUAACUGUUGUAACCGUUGCUUGGCAGAGCAGUACACUUCUACAAAGGACACCUUCGUAGUCAAACGAACAAGUAAAUAUUCAUCUCUGGACCUUACAGGUGAUGAAUCGGUUCCUGAGUUUGUGGUUUGAACACUGAGCUUCAACUAUGCAUUGAGUUGUUGUACUGUACUGUAGGCCUGGCUGCCUACUUCAUUCACAAUGACCUUCCAAAGCCAUUGCCUACGCUUCAGUGCCAAGCUGAGAAUCUUGACAGCCCAACAAGCAGACAGUUAUAUCCUGCGGUUCUUCCAAGUUUCCGAACAAAGACAAGUGAUAAAAGCAAUGGACACCAAGAAGCCAAAGAGAUAUGUUAAAUAAGAAUCAGAACUGUGAUGAGGAUGUGUAUAUUUUUGAGAGACACAGAAAGAAGGUUUACCUAUCAACUAGCCAGUGAAAAGUCUUUGCACAUUGACUAUUCUGUGGAGCAACAAAUCCAUGAUGUUUGGAGUAUUACAACUCAGUAUUACACAAACCGAGAUGUUUAUUCAAACAAACUUUUUUUUUAAAUCAAAGAAAAUCAUUCAAGUUAUUUAGGAAACCCUUAGGGUUCUUAACAAUUGUGUGUUAGACGUGCAAUUACUAUGUUGUUGAUCAACUUUUUCCAAGAGUUUCAAUAGAGAUGUGGGCCUGGCCUUAGGUACUAUGAACUCUGCAACAUCAUGCUCCUUCAUUUAAAUUUAUGAAUCUU